AUGCCUCAGGAGAAGAUUUUGAGAGACAUUAUUCCUAUGGUUUUUGAUAGGGCGAAUACUAAAAUAAUAGUCAACUGGUUGACCCAGGGAUGCAAAAUGCAUGUUGUCUAUAAGCCUACCCCAAAUACCAUAGGCUUAUCUGCCUUUGUAUUUUAUAGUCCAGACAGGAAAGCGAUAACCUUACGUAUACACAUUCGACCUAUGAUUGUUAUCAUCAAUAGGUUAAGUUACCAUGAAGAAAGAAUAAUUACGUUUUCUCUUUCUUCCGAUCUGGAUAAUUUUCCAACCAUAAGCAUUACAUGUUUUUUCGGCAAAAAGAAGGUACCGACCGUAAUUCCCACAGAUCCGCAUAUUUCCGAUGUCUCAGACGACGAUUUCAGUGACGGAAAAAAUAUUUCCCAAACAAAUGAGCUUAACGAUGAAGAAGAAACAAAUCUUUAUAGUACUCAGCAACUUGGGCAAUGUAUUGAUACAAAUCCGUCAGAAAUAACGGAUUUUCUAUCUAUACUCUUGAUUAUGGGUGUAAUAAAACUUCCUGCCAUAGAAGAUUUUUGGGCAGCUAGUACAAGAGGACCUGCGACAUUUGAAGUGCUUAGAGGCUCUCCGAAUGAGUUAGAUGAUUAUGAAGUAAAUCUAGUUGUAGUGAUCAACGCCUGGUUUCUGUAUAGAAAGGACUGCAACACAGCAUGUGUAACGUCAAAACCGCUAAAGGAGUUCCGUAUGGAAUUAGCCAAAUCGUUGACCAACGCAGGAAAACAAAGUUCUCGUGGCAGACCAUCCAUUUCCGCCACUAAUAAAACCCCUGCGAAAAUAAUAUCAAACCCUAUACUGCCGAGACCUGAUAUCACCACCCAAAAAGAUGGCAUAGGUCAUUGUCCAACUUAUGGUACAAAAGGUAGAUGCAGUCACUGUGCCAAUGGAUUUACAACAAUCUUUUGUACCAAGUGCAAUCUUAGGCUUUGUUUUACCCCAAAUAAGAAUUGUUUCUACCUUUUCCAUUCCAAUUAG